AUGCCCUUCCCCAAUCUCGUGCGGGCGCGGAAGAAGGCGCGCUCCUCGGGGAGCGCGUUGAAGAGUGAGUCCGCUUUCCGAGCGUCGGAGAGCGGUGGGCGCCAGUCCUCGGAGGCGGCCUGGCGAAUCCGCGCGAGAUUGGGGAGACGCGCGCGUGACCCGGAAAAAGCAGGGACACGCGGAGCGGAUCUGGAGGAUCGACCAUCUCCAGGGACGAUGAACGCGCGCGAGGGAUCCAACAAGGCGCAGGCCGCGGCCCUCGCGGCCGCGGUUGAGCCAUCGGUGAGGCACAGCCACGACGACACUCGCGCUCGAUCGCGCUCUCGCGAUAAGAGCCUAGAGACUCCCCCUCGGAACUCCUCUGAACCCACGCGCACAUCCCUUCGCAAACCUUCUUCUCCCGAAGGCGGCAAUUUGAAGCGAGACGGCGGCGCGACGCGGAGGCACGCAUCGGACAGCGACGGAGACGUCUCGGACGACACCCAGUACGAAAGGUACGCAUCCGACCGCGAUGACUCGUCACCCCGCAGGCGCGAAGACGACGAAGACGACGAACACGACGACGAGCCGUACGACCCCGCGGCCGACGACCACCCCGGGCCCCCGUGCGAUCUGAAGUUGGAGUACUGGAUGCGAAGCGAGGAGUGCACCGAGCGAAAACGCGCGCACGUCGCCGCCAUCGACGAGCGCGGCGGGUACUGGGGCAUGGAGGACCACAUCGAGGAGACGGUGUUCGCGCCGCACGGCGACGUGGUGUUGGAACGCAACAUGUUCCCCUACGAGACCCCGCGCGGGAUCUCGCACUGUACGCUCUGGUCGCGAUCGCGAAUGUCGGAGCGGGACAUCGUCAGAUGGACCAAGGCUUGGCUGCUGGAACACCUGCCGGACGCGCUCAGGUUCAACUACGACCUGAACGACAACAACUCGAUCGACAUCCCGCACUACCACGUGUUCAUCGAGAGGCCGGUGAGUGGUGACGCCGACGAGGACGAGCGGGGAGCGGGCUCGGCGGCGAGCGAACCCGGUGAGUUGGUUAAAGAUUCGUCGACGACGGAUUCGGACGAAGGGUUCGAGAAGAAGAAGGAGAAGAGGGGACGCGACGAGACGGACUCGGACGCGGCCCCGGCCGCCAAGGCUGCGAGGUUCGACCGCAUCGAGCCCUGA